CCCCCCCCGUGACAGCCGCGACCCGCGCAGCCGCCGCCGCCGCCUCCCUCCGCUGCUGCCGCCGCCGCCGCUUGGACCCCGCGCCUCGGCGCCGCUGAGAAACCACUCGCGGUCAGGAGCUGUAACCGCGGACCGGCCGACCGUGCGAGCCGCCCGUCCGCGAGCGACACAGCAGCGAGAGCUCCGUAGCCGCGCUAGGCAUGGCGGCCAGAGGGGCCACGGCCCGCACCAACGGCACCACGGCCGGCGCGCUGGCGUCCACCAGCAAGAUCCUGCAGUUCAAGCUGGUGCUCUUGGGCGAGUCGGCGGUGGGGAAGUCGAGCCUGGUGCUACGCUUCGUCAAGGGGCAGUUCCACGAGUACCAGGAGAGCACCAUCGGCGCGGCGUUCCUGACGCAGACGGUGUGCCUGGAGGACACGACGGUGAAGUUUGAGAUCUGGGACACGGCUGGGCAGGAGCGCUACCACAGCCUGGCGCCCAUGUACUACCGCGGAGCGCAGGCGGCCAUCAUCGUUUAUGACAUCACCAACCAGGACACGUUCUCUCGUGCCAAAACCUGGGUGAAGGAGCUGCAGAGACAAGCCAGCCCCAACAUCGUCAUCGCACUCGCCGGGAACAAAGCCGACCUCGCCAGCAAGCGGAUAGUGGAGUUCGAGGAGGCGCAAUCGUACGCGGACGACAACGGACUCUUGUUUAUGGAGACGUCGGCGAAGACGGCGAUGAAUGUCAAUGAUAUAUUCUUGGCAAUAGCCAAAAAGCUGCCACGGAGCGAGCCACCGGGCACAGGCACAAAAACAACGGGUACGGUGCAGGUGGCCGCUGGACCAGACAGCCACCAGAGGAGGACCUGCUGUAGUUAACUUGGUGCCGACAUCACCACCACCGGCACCCCCCCCCCCCUACAGCGGCACGCACCCCGCACCGUCACCACCACGUCUGUCUGCAAGCAACCGCCCCGGCGCAAUCGGCCAGCCGGCGCGUCGGUCGGCAAGGGUUUCCUCGUUUGAAUCCUGUUUAAAAUAAAAACCUCGUUGAUGUAGAAAAAUCAUCCUGUUAUUAAAUUUGCAAAGGAAGUUUUGGCAUUUGUAUCUUGAUGAGGGCUGAUGUACGAGGACGUUUUUUGUAUUGGUCAAGUGCCGUCAAUGAUCAGCUCUUAACGAUUGUUUUGUUUUCAGGAUAUGUACAAGUUGCAAUAUGAAACAGUUCUGUGCAUGCAUUAACAAUAGUCAUAACAUUACCGGUUAUUAACAGCAUAACAAAGUGUAGCGAACCUCAUUGUGCAUUGGUGAAACUGGACCGCGAGGGAGUUGGAUUUUUUUUGUCGUUCAUGACGGGUGUGGCAGGGCGACGUGUUAACGCUCUCCAAUUCAGUCUCUGCAGACAAGGAUCUGGUGUAAUAGUUGUGGCAGGAAAAAUCGGAGGUUGUCUUGUCUGCUGCUCAUGCAGGGUUUAUGCCGAUUUGUUCAUGGAAUGUCCUCCCUUUUCUCAGCGUCACUUGAAAGAGCAGGUUAAUGGAUUGGUGCCUGUUAUUCCACAGAAAUCUGAUUUGUACAUAGGCCACCCACUGAUGUCCAAUUACAUCUCCAGGCAAAUCCUGUGUAGUCUUAAAUCAUGGACCACAUGUAGUUACUUUAAGGUGGCUUCAUUAGAAUUUAACGAGUUAGAUUUUUCUGUAUACAAUAAAUUUAAUUCAUGAAUUGUUACAGAAAUGUUUGUUCCUGUUUAGUGCACUAUAAAAAAUGUUUUCCGAAAUCCAA